UUAAGUCUGUUUAAGUGAAUAUGUGAACUAGCGCCUUCAUGCAUUCUGGCGCUAAUCUUUCCAUCUCUCAAACCUCCACAUUUUCAGCUACAAAAUUACGCCUCCCUUUCUUCACUGCAGUCAGAGAACUUCAUCUGCCAUUGCUACUCAAAGCUGACGCAGCAACGCUAUCAUGUCGACCUACAAACGUCGAGCUCGUGUCCCACGCAUUAUGGGCGCUGCUGCGGUUGCCCGCAAGCGAGAACAAGCGACUCUACGAAGGUCUCAGGCAAGCGAAGGCUUAUUCCGGGAGUUUCAGAAAGCUUUAGAAGAGCUUUCUGGUCCUUCUCAAAGCAACACCCAAGGCAAAAAUCCUCAACCAAUGGAUGUUGACAGUGGCUUUGACUUAGGGAUGGGGGACAAUGGAAGCAAAGACAACGAUGUCCCUUAUGAGGACCAAACUGAGGUUGCGGAGGGUAUCACGGUCGAUAUACGAGAUGCUGAUCAACUUUGCAGAUGGCAUGGUCGGCGGAAAUAUAAAGACGGGCGGACGUGGAGAAACCGGAUUCACAACCUCAACGCUGCCUGGGCGUCUCUCAUGGAUGAGCUGGCUGAUGCGUACGUUAAAUGGAAAUACAAAAAGGACCUGCCAGACACCUUCGAUGAAAACUUCAGUUUCAACAUAGACGUUGUUAACCUACUUACUCUAGAAAAAGAAGCUGCCAUACAAAGGGAUGAACAUACAAAGGCUGCUGUAGCUCUGGUAUACGCAGGUUACAUUGGUACCUCUCCUGAGAUCCCUUCUCUUGCAAUAUCUCUUCAAACACUUGACACUUAUUACACCCUUCGCCUCUCUAACCCUUCAUUUAGUUUCGAAACAUUUGCAAAAAUAGUUUGCGACUCAUAUUCGAUUCCUUACCGACGUGGCUACCGCACUGGCCUCUCGAAUGCAUUUGACGUCUAUUUAGCAAUCCGACGGAAAAUCGAUAUCAGAGCUAGGACAUGACUCGGAAUAGUCAAAGGACUUACAAUACCAUUUACGAUUUAUAUAUCUCCUGGCCUUGAUCUCCAAAGACGCAACAACCAGUUACCGCAGAUGUAUAAAUGAAGAUAUUGUCCAACUAUGUAACCAACUUCAUCCAACGGUUGACUGUAAACAGACCGAAAGGCCAAAUAAUUUUGAAUACUCGUUAAUCACAGGUCACUACGAGCGUCAAAGAUGAUUUAAGGAUAAGGACCAUGAGGAAUCAAGAUUCCCACAGCGAUGUCCCUCGACAGUCUCAAUGUCACCCGUACCCAUCAUCACGAUACAUAUCCAGCAAUAUCUCCUAUCAAACCCUCUCUCAGCCAAGCUGGUAGGGCAGUUCUUAUCACAGGGGGUGGUGGCGGAAUAGGCUUCGAAAUCGCUCGGUCUUUUGCAAAAGCGAGCG